GAGAAGUGGUCCCCUCGGCGCGGAUUCUUCUCUCGCUCCUCCAGCGACUUCUACCAUCAUCUCCUCGUCUUCUCCAUCCCCGCCCCCUUGUCGCCGCACUACGAAGCGGAUCGUUUUGUAGUUCCAGGCUGUUUCGGGAGGAGUGGAGUCCUCCUCGGGGGGGUGGGGGCUUCGCUCGAAGCGCGCCCCAGCGAGGGAACCGGCUGGAGUUGCCAGCGAUGGGCUGUGGGAACUCCACGGUCACCAGCGCUGGCAGCAAAGGUACCACAGCAACAUCAAAAGUAAUUGAUUCCUGCUCUAUGGAACAUCCUCCCUUCGGAGAUCAGAAUGGCCCAAUUCUGCUAGCCUUUCAUAAGAUGAAUCAGUGUCAGAAGAUGACAAAAGGAGAUUAUGGAGGUGUUUAUGUUGGCUUACCUGUUGCAGCAGCCAAGAUUUCCAGCCAGACAAAAACAGCACCUAAAGGAACCUGACCAGAGAGAACAAUCUGGAGAACAGACUUUUGGGAGACAAAUUCUAAGGGAGAGUCAGCCCAUCAUUUUAUGAGCUUGGAACAGAUGUAGUUAUCUUCAAAGAUCACUCGUUGCCAAGUGAAUUACACAGAAAGAUCGCAUCACGUAAAAAGCCUGAAAGAGCUGGAACCGUGAAUCAAGCGGAGUGCUAAAAUGAAAUGAAAGAAGAAUAAAAUCUUAUGGACAAUUUUGAUGCCAUUUAAUGCUGCAUUAAUUAGUAGAUAUAGGGCAAUUCUGCCCAAGAAUGCAUGCUGCUGUUGCUAAUAUUUUGAAUAACACUUUGCUUCCUGUAUUUUUGAUAGCCUUUUUAACUAAAAAAUAAAUAAAUCUAUUGUUCACUCAA